UAUCCUCCCUCUCUCAUCCUGUUUUUGUGUGUUUGAAUGUGUGUGUGUGUGUUUGAACGUGUGCGUGUGUUCUUCCAGGGAGACCAUAUGGAACCUACGUGUGUCCUUCCUGCAGGAAAGAGUUCUCAGCCAAUGGGAAGCCUUCACCAUAUGGAAUGCUGGGAAACAGGGGCGGAGACUCUACCGCUGUUUGAGCCCAGCCAAUCAGAAGAAGGUGACAGCGUUUUGUGAUGUGGAUGCAAACAAGAUCCGGAAAGGUUUUUACACCUAUGAAGAUUCUAAGGAGAACCCUAAGCCCAAGGUUCCAGUUCUCCACUACAGAGACGCCUCUCCUCCCUUCAUAGUCUGUGUCAAACUGGACCUGACAGGGGGAGGGCUGGAAGAGAACCUCAACUCUCUCCAUCUGACUGAGGAACUGGAUUAUUGCCACUUUAACUGACCCUCGGGAG